UGUGAUAUGUAUGGAAGGAGCUUCAAAAAUGAUUCAGACCUAAUUAAAUGCCCAAGAAUCUAUGCAGGAAAGAAACCGUUUAAGCAUACUGAAUGUGGGGAAACCUUAAGCCAGAUUUCACCACUUAAUCUUCAUCAGAAAACUCAUUCUGAAGAAAAGCCCUAUAAGUGUAAUGAAUGUGGGAAGGCCUUUACCAAGCGAGCAAAUCUUACUCAACAUCAAAAAAUUCAUUCUGGAGAAAAACCCUAUAAAUGUAAUGAAUGUGGGAAAACCUUUAAUAAACGAGCAAACCUCACACAACAUCAGAAAAUUCAUUCUGGAGAGAAACCCUAUAAAUGUAAUGAAUGUGGGAAAGCCUUCUCCAUCAGAUCACAUCUUACUCAACAUCAGAGAAUUCAUUCUGGAGAGAAACCCUAUAAGUGUAAUGAAUGUGGGAAAGCCUUUACUCAGAAGACACACCUUACUCAACAUAAGCAUACUCAUAUUGGAGAAAAGCCAUUUAAGUGUACUGAAUGUGGAAAAGCCUUCAGCCUAAUUUCACAACUUAAUCUUCAUCAGAGAAUUCAUUCUGAAGAGAAUCCCUAUAAAUGUAAUGAAUGUGGGAAAGCCUUCACUGUCAGAUCACGGCUUGCUGAACAUCAAAGAAUUCAUGCUGGUGAAAAACCUUAUAAAUGUAAUGAGUGUGGAAAAGCCUUUACCAAGCGGGCAAACCUUACUCAACACCAGCAUACUCAUGUUGGGGAAAAACCAUUUAAAUGUAAUGAAUGUACAAAAGCCUUUAGCUAUAUUUCACAAUUUAAUCUUCAUCAAAGAAUACACUCUGGAGAGAAGCCAUAUAAAUGCAGUGAAUGUGGAAAAGCUUUCAGCAAGCGAGCAAAUCUUAAUCAACAUCAGAAAAUUCAUUCUGGAGAGAAACCCUUUCAAUGUAGUGAAUGUGGGAAAGCCUUUACCAUCAAGUCUCGCCUUACUCAGCAUUAUAGAAUACACUCCGGAGAGAAACCUUAUAAAUGUAAUCCAUUGGGGAACACCUUCACCAUCGGGUCAUGCCUUAAUGAACAUCAAAAAAUUCAUACUGAAGAUAAACUUUAUGAAUUUGGGAAAGCCUUCCCCACCAGGUCACAUCUUACUUAAUAUCAAAAAAUUCAUAUUAUAGAGUUACAUUAAAAGUGAUGAUCAGAAAGGUCUCUGUGUGUGGCAUAUUCUGCUAUACUCCUCAGCAUCAAAGCAAGUAUUUUGUAAAUGUAAUGACUGUUGUUUUAAUCAUUAGCCAGAGUUCAUUUCUUUCUUGAAAUCACAUAAUAUCACAGUAUGCAAUUUGAAUUCACUGUUCUGCUUUCUGGGGCCAAA